UCAAUCUGUUUUAAAAUUUAAAACCCUAAUGAAACCAGGUUUUAACAGCUUCUCCUAUUAAAGGACAUUAGAGAGUUCAAUCAAUCAACUCCACAGCUAGCAUAAUAAUGUCAGGCGCGGAAGAACUAAAACUCCAAAAAUUCCUACAAUGGCUUGAGGCUAAUAAAGUUGAGCUACGAGGUUGCAACAUCAAGUACUGUGGUCCAAACAAAGGUUUUGGUAUUUCCUCGUCAAAUGAUGCCUCUGAUGGGAUUUUGCUUGUUGUGCCACUGGAUUUAGCGAUAACUCCAAUGAGGGUUUUGCAAGAUCCUCUUAUUGGACCUGAAUGUAGAGCUAUGUUUGAAGAAGGAGAAGUGGAUGAUAGGUUCUUGAUCAUUUUAUUUCUAAUGUUGGAGCGACUUCGGAAGAACUCUUCUUGGAAACCGUACCUUGAUAUGCUUCCUACAACUUUUGGAAAUCCACUAUGGUUUACUGAUGAUGAACUAUUGGAGCUAAAGGGGACAACUUUAUAUCGGGCAACUGAAUUGCAGAAGAAAAAGUUGCUGUCGCUCUACGAUGACAAAGUAAAGGGCUUGAUGAAGAAACUUCUAACUCUAGAUGGGGAUUCAGAAAGUGAGGUGUCCUUUGAAGAUUUUCUUUGGGCAAAUUCUUUAUUUUGGAGCCGUGCUCUGAACAUUCCCCUUCCACAUUCUUAUGUAUUUCCACAAGUGGAAGAAGAUCAAGAAAAUCACUGUUCAACAAUCGACUCAGAGCUAUCCUAUAAUGAUAAUUCUGCUGGAGACUUGAUUAAUGAGAAGGAUGAAAGAAGUUUCAAGGUUCAUAGCAUUGACAGCCAAGACAAUAUAGCAACUUGCACAUCAAGUCAAGGGGAGACUGUCUGGGUAGAGGGUCUUGUUCCUGGCAUAGAUUUUUGCAAUCAUGAUCUGAAGGCGGCAGCAACAUGGGAGGUUGAUGGAACUGGCUUGGUUACUGGUGUUCCCUCCUCCAUGUACCUUCUUUCUGCUGAACAAACUCCUAUCAAGACAGAGAAAGAGAUUUUCAUUAGUUAUGGAAAUAAAGGCAAUGAGGAGUUACUAUACCUGUACGGGUUUGUCAUUGACAAUAAUACAGAUGACUAUCUCAUGGUCAAUUAUCCUGUAGAAGCAAUUCAGAAUGUUCCCUUUUCAGACUCCAAAAUGCAGCUUUUGGAAGCACAGAAAGCUGAAAUGCGGUGUCUUUUACCGAAAGGCUUGCUGGACCAUGGGUUUUUUCCAGUAGGAACCUCAAAAAAUGACAGCAAUUUUAAGUGCAAAACAGAUCAAUUUGGCAACUUCAGUUGGAGCGGUCAGCGUGAAACGCCCUCUUAUGUAAAUAAGCUGGUGUUUCCAGAGGAUUUUUUAACUUCAUUGAGGACUUUAGCUAUGCAGGAAGAUGAACUAUAUAAAGUUUCUUCGUUGCUUGAAGAGCUUAUAGGGUCUGAAGGGGAGAGGCAACCAACAGAUUCAGAAGUUAGAGCAGCUGUAUGGGAGGCCUGUGGGGAUUCCGGAGCCCUGCAAUUGCUUGUUGAUCUACUUCAAACCAAGUUGUUGAAUCUUGAAGAGGGUUCUGGAACAGAGGACUGCGAUUCUGAACUGCUCGAAAAGGCCGAAAGCCCAGAAGACCUAGGAGUGUGUGAUAAUAAUCUGAGCAGCAACCCUGAGUCAAGUAGCGCAACCCAACUCCAGUUGAUGAGUAGAAACAGACGAGCUAGUAUCGUGUAUAGGAGAGGGCAAAAGGAGCUCACAAGAUUAUUCCUCAAGGAAGCUGAGCAUGCCUUGCAAUUAUCUUUGAGUGGAGGAAGCUGAAUGAACUUUUCAUUUAAUUGAAACUUCAACCACUGGAAUCUUUGCCUCCGGCGGACCUCAUUUCAAUAAGCAGAAUCAUAUUCUUCAGUUAAAGCGAGAACUCCAAAAUUUGUUAGAUAGUGAUGAUAUUUUAUCAUGAUGUUAUUUCCUUCUUCCCCGUUUUUUCUAUCUGGUUACAGAUAUGAUCUGUUUUAAGGAAUUUAUGCCCGGAUGUGGAUAUUUUUAUGAUUCCCAUGCACUGAAGGAAAAGACAGGCAUGUUUACGUUAGUUUACAAACUAUAUAUACACGUUAUCCAAAAUUUCACCUCUUCUUA